GUUCUACCUUACACAUGGCUUAGGUUUUUUUUUUUUAAUUGUCUUCUGAGGGAAAACAAAUCGUUCAAAAAGAAGAAAUUAUUUUCCCGCGCAUUUUAAUCUAAAAUCGCCGAUCGAUGGCUCCGAAAUCCGACAACACCGAAGCAAUCGUGCUCAACUACGUGAAUGAGCAAAAUCGGCCUCUAAAUUCUCAAAAUGUUGCCGAUUCUCUACAAAAGUUUAACCUCAAAAAGGCUUCCAUUCAAAAAACACUGGAUAGUCUUGCUGAUAGUGGAAAAAUUUCAUUCAAGGAGUAUGGUAAGCAGAAGAUAUACCUUGCUCGUCAAGACCAGUUCAAUAUCCCCAACAAUGAAGAGCUUGCUUCUAUGAAGGAAGAAAAUGCCAAACUGCAGGAACACCUUGAUCAACAAAAAAAAGCAAUCACUGAGGUUGAGGGAGAAAUUAAAAGCUUGCAGUCUAAUCUAACUCUGGAACAGAUUCAUGACAAGGAAGCUAAACUGAGGAAAGAGGUUAAGGAAAUGGAGGAUAAAUUAGUUAAAUUGCGUGGAGGAGUAACUCUGGUUAGGCCAGAGGAAAAAAAGGCAGUUGAAGCCAUGUAUUCUGAGAAAAUAAGCCUGUGGAGAAGACGGAAAAGGAUGUUCAAGGAUCUAUGGGAUGCUAUCACGGAGAACUCACCUAAGGAUCUAAAGGAAUUCAAGGAGGAACUGGGAAUUGAAUAUGAUGAAGAUGUUGGUGUGAAUUUACAAUCAUUCUCUGAGCUCCUUCAGCAUGGGAAGAAGCGGGCUAGAGGUCAGUAACUUAAUGUGAAGCGGUACAUACUUGGUCAUCAACUCAGACUCAGAUUUUGGUAUUUCUCUGGAGAUAAUAUGUUCAGAUAUUUGUAGUUUCUUCAUCCUUGUUAGAGGUCUAAACUGUUACUUCUGUAUCCCACAGAGUUCCUCUUUUAAAUGCACGUUACAUGCCUAUGUUAUUGUUAGGUCAUUUAUGUAAAGCUAGGUUUUAUAGACUCAUAACCUUUGGUUAUUAAUAUUACAAGCCAAAGCAUAUUAUUCUAUGAGCAGCCUAUUUGAUCACAGUUUAUAAAUAUGAAAAAUCUUAAGUCUUAAUCCAUUAUCUUUUCUGAUGAUAUUCCCUGUUUAGAUUGUAUGUAGUACUUUCUAUAGGAACCUGGUAUAGUAUAACAAAAUAAUUAGGCUUCACAAAAAGAAUCAUUCCAAAAUAUUCUACAUUAAGUUUACAUCUGAUAAAAAAUAACAAAAGAAAUAUCAAAGACCAAAACCAACUUAUACACUCAACCAAAGCUAUAUUUGCAACUCCAUGGAACUUACAAACAUUUAAUUUAUUCGCGCUCCUCAAUAUCCUGUCACUUGGUCCAAGUCCUCGAGGAAAACAGCACCUUAUUUAUGGUAAAGUGUCAUUUACCUUUCAUCCAUGUGUGCAGUGGGUUUUCAGGUCGAGUCUCCACCUUCAAGCCAACAGGAAAGCUUGAAGGAAACAUCAGUCAAGUUUCUUUUCUGAGUGCUCACCAUCAUUAUCUGUAUCUAGGACCUUGCCUUUAAGCUU